AUGAAUCUAGACAGAAGAACGGCGAACGUGCAGUAUCCUCUAGUUCACAGCGCUUCAGCAAACAGUUCAAGCCAAGCUGUGAGUACCCCCAGUUCUCCUGUGUAUACAUUAUAUCUUCCUUCACAUCCGAUCUUCCUUUCAACCCGAAUUAUUGCUAUAGCUUGUCAUCAUAUCCUUCUCAGCGUCAAAAUUAGCGGCAUAGCUACAAAGAGACUACUGACAGCAUAUCAGUAUCGAGCAUCUUGUCACUGCGGGCUCAUUCAGUACAGCGUCGUUCUUUCCCCGCCACUUCAUGACAUCCAAAGCUGGGUCGUGGAAUGCAAUUGCUCGAUCUGCGCGCGAAACGGAUAUCUGAAUGUCUACGUUCAAAACGAAUGUAUCCAGUUUGAUAAUGUGGGACUGGAGAGCGAAUUAGUCGAGAAAUAUCGAUUCGGUAGACAACGCGUCCAACACUAUUUCUGCAGCCGCUGUGGAAGUAGUUUGAUGGCUGAGAGCAUCGAACCAGGUUUUUAUGAGGGCGUCAAAGCAUUGAAUGUAUGUUCCACUCUUUGUCAGCCUCCAUACCAUGUUUAG